CAAACACCCUCCGCAUCGAGAGAAUGUCACUGACAGUCUCUGGCCCAUGGCGCAGGCAACCCCAUACAAUCUUGGAGUCGUGUCUCUGUGACGGCGCAAUCGCGCCCUGCUGAUGCGCCCUCCAGCUACCUUUGACUGCAAAUGGCUUAGUUCCCCCUCUUGCAUACUGGUAAUAUCUCAACUGAUCCUCACCAAGACCUAGUUUCGAGGCUGCUGCUGACCCAAUAUCUCGAACUUAUCUCCGCUUAUACCACUUUCAACCCGAACGAGGGCGUAGAGGGGAAUUAAUGCUGGUAUAAAAGGAGGAGUCAGUCACUCAUGGCAAAAAUGGAUUCUGUCCAACUUCACCGUCACCAGCAAGCCGACACUGACUCCGACAAUGGCUGUCCGGCGUAUGAUUCGAAAUUCUGCCUUGAGCGCGUUCAUCCGCAUAUGUCUUCACGGGCAUUACUGGCCUCAGCAUUUCGGCGAUCUUGAAAAGGGGGAGAGAAACUCGGUCGAGACGGCGAAGCGAGCUGAGGAGACCGAGAAACCGGUGCACCUUGUCGAUUGGGACGGCCCGGACGAUGUCGAGAAUCCGCUUAACUUUUCUGGCGUGCAGAAGAGUGUCAUCACGGCAAUGACUUGUAUCUACACGUGGGCAAUCUAUGUCGGCUCUUCGAUUUACACGUCCAGUCAGCCUGGCAUUGAGCAUCACUUUGGCGUGGACAAUUUCCAAUCGUCCUUCGGUCUCGCCAUCUACGUCCUGGCCUACGGUCUGGGAAGUCUCUUGUUCUCCCCACUCUCCGAGGUGCCAUCGAUCGGACGCAAUCCCCCCUAUGCCAUCUCCGGGGCUCUGUUUGUCAUCUUGUGUAUCCCAACGUCACUUGUUGACAAUUAUGCGGGUCUUAUGGUCCUCCGAUUCUUGCUAGGCUUCAUGGGAUCCCCUUGUCUGGCCACCGCCGGGGCAACACUUGGCGAUAUUUGGGGCCCGACUCGAUUCCCAUACUUCAUCGGGCUCUGGGCGUGCACUACGGCACUGGGACCGGCUUUGGGACCGAUGUUGUCGUCCUUUGCUGUCGAGUCUCUCGGUUGGAGAUUCUCCAGUUGGGAGCUCCUCAUCAUUUCGGGCUCCGUCUUCGUCGUCUUCGUCGUCUUGGUUCCAGAGACGGCGGCACCAACCAUCCUGUAUUACCGGGCGAAACGACUCAGAGAGUUGACGGGGGAUAAAAGGUACAUGUCGCAAGAGGAGAUCAAACAGUCACAUCUCACGGCUGGCCAGCGCCUGUGGAAUUCAAUCAUCAAGCCUUGGGAAGUCAACAUCAAGGACCCGGCUCUGUUGUUCAUGACCUUGUAUAUGGGAUUGAUCUAUGCAAUUGUCUAUUCUUUCUUCGAGUCAUUGCCCCUCGUCUAUCCGCCAAUAUACGGGUUCUCACCAACUUCCACGUCCCUCAUCUGGCUAGCAGUCAUUCCUGCCGGGGCGAUCGGCUUUCCACUCCACUGCUUCUGGCUGUCCAAACGUGUCGAGCCCAAGCUUCUGAACCAAACGUUUGGCGACUUGGAGAAUUUUCUCGAAACCGGCGUUGCCGCCAGCCUGUUGAUGCCAGCAUCGUUGUUCAUGUUCGCAUGGACAGCUAGGGCCUCAAUCCACUGGAUGGUUCCCACCACUGCCAUCUUUCUCUACAUGGUCGCGCAGUAUUUCCUCUCCAACUCGAUCUUUUUGUACAUUCCGGCCAUCUAUCCGCGCUAUGCAGCGAGCAUUUUUGCGGCCAACAGCGUGGCAAGGGCUCUUUUGGCGUUUGUGGCGGUGCUGGUGGGACGAUCAAUGUUUAAGGGCAUUGGCAUCGACGGGGGUGUGAGCUUGUUGGGAGGCCUUACAACUGUUUGUGCUGCCCUGUUGGCUGGGUUGUAUUGGAGCUGGGGAAAGAAACUGAGGGCCAGAAGUCGCUUUACUGCUUGAUUUACCGGUACUGGCACUAUGCUUGCCAUGGCGUAAAUAAUACUGGUACCGCUGGGAUUAAGAUUUUAGAAUUAGCUAGAUAGAUAGGAUUACCUUGGACGAGUCGUAAGGAUAUUGUAAGUGCCUUGGAAGCUAUUUGAAUCUCCCGUUUGC